CGGGCUCGUGACCUGGAAUAAGUGCGCUCUUGAUGGUGAGAUUCUUCUAGGGUUUCGAGCUCUUCAAUUUGCUCCGUCUCCUGUUCCCCAAACCCUAAUUUCUCCCCCAAUUCGCAUCUCUGGCCCCCACCAACCCGAAUCUAACGCCCUCCGCGCUUCAUACCGUUCAGCCCCCAGCCGACGCCGGUGGAAAAAGAUCGCUUCUUUAGGUGAAAACCCUGGCAAAGGUCGAAUCUUGGGGCGAAAUCACCGAGCCUUCACGGUUGGGCCAUGGCGUCCUCGCUUGUUUCGAGGUUCACUGCUCUGUCGUUGCUUUGUUUGCUCGCUAUGAGGAGCGAAUCGGUUGGUGAGAGCUCCCCCUUUUCGUUUUCGUUCGGAAAGUUUGAGAAAGAUGGCCGCUUUGUUUCACGAGUUGCUCUCUACGGUGACGCUGAGGUGAGUAAUUCUGGGGUUUUGGCGUUCGGUAAAGGGCGGGUUAUGUGCAAGAGACCCAUUAGGUUCUUUGGGAUUAACCCUAACCCUGGGUUUUCGACCAGCUUCUCUUUCUCAGUCUCCGGCGGGUACGAUGGAAGUUUAGCUUUCUUGCUUGUCCCGGGCAAUUUUUCUAAGUUUGGGGUUUCGCCGAAGUUUCUCGCCGUGAAGUUUGAUGCCGAUGACAGUGGAAGCAGCAUUGCUGUUGAUGUUGGUGGUGAGAUUGCUGCGAGAAAUAGCAGUCCGUCUGAUUUCAGUUUGGCUUUGAGUAGUGAGCGAAGGUCGUAUGCUUGGAUUGAUUACGAUGGGGCUAGUAAGAUGCUAGAAGUGAGAGUUAGCAAAUCUAGGGGUUUGAGGCCUGAGAAAGCUUUGGUCUCAUGCCGAAUCAAUUUAUCGAAUGCUCUGUGGAGAGAUGCAAUGUACGUUGGGAUAAGCUCUUCUCCAAGGGGGAACUCUACCAAAACCAGUAAUAUCUAUUCGUGGAGCUUCGAGGUUAAGCACGGGGUCAAUUAUCAAAUGCAUUCCGAGCCUUUAGACCCCGAAUCGAUCUCGAUGCGGUAUCGUGAAGGCCCGGAGGCUUAUACAAGAAAAGGCUCUCCAUGGAAAAUUCUCGUGGCUUUGUUGGUUGGCGUUGUUUUCGGGGCUUUCAUAGCAUCCCUUGUGCUGUUCUUGCGGUCUAAAGCUGCUAAGAGGCAUCCAAUUACUCCUGUAGAGUAUCCUGAGCUUGAUGGUGAGAUAGGGAGCAAGGAGAUUGGAUUUGAUGAAAUCAAAGUUGUAGGAAGUGAUGCAAAGGAGAAAGCUUGAGGUGAGCAUUGUUGCGUUGUACAUCUGUGUCUCUGUAUGAUUUGUUUUGUACUUGUGUCGUCUUGUUAGCUGAUGGAAUUUGUAGCUUUUGUGCCAAGAUUUUACAAUUGCUAUGCUUUCCAUCAAGAAUAGAAAGUAUGGUAUUUUCCGGA